UGCUUCCUGUCGGUUAUUAAUUAAAUUUCGCUGCUGGCGGCACAGUAUAAAACUGGGUGGUUGUCCUCUGUUUUCUGUCACUGGAGGCAUUUUCCAAUCUAUUGGUUAAAAGAAUAUCACUAGAAAUAACUACCUUCGACUCUUCCUGAUGGAACUUUCAUUUUACUCGCCUGCAAGCAUGGAGAGAAGACAGCUAGUCCUUAUCCUGUUUCUCAUCACUGCCUCUCUCCCCACCUUGACUAUCUCUUACUCGCAUGGUGUCCCACAGCUAAAAUCCCUUUGCAAUUUCAUAACAGAGCAUGGGCCACCAGAAAAAAAUAUAUCUAAUUGUGGUGAUUUCAAGUUGGUCAUGAUGAAUGCAACACAUGAGAUCCCAUGCUACACUCCAAAUGAGUUGACUACAGUUCAUAUGGUAGUUACUACUGCCGAAAAAACCCACAAAAUUAAGGGAUUUUUAUUAGGCGUCCAAAAGGAAGGAUUCCGCUACCACAAUAAAACCCUUGAAAAUGCUGGAGAUGUCAAUAAAACUAAUAAUCUCUGUGAUAACUAUGUUACUUUUAGUCACUCGGCCCUGCUCAGUAUUCAGAAAAUGGAGUUUAAAUUCAACUUCACUUCAAAGGAAAGAGUAGAACUGAGGUCAACAGUUGUCUUUAGUUAUUCAGAUGUCAUUAAUAAUAGAUCAUAUUAUUUCAAUGCCUGUCCAACUCCAACCCCAAGCAGUACACCUUCUCCUUCACCAGCUCCCAGCAGUCCCUCAACAUCAGUAGCAGCACCAUCAGUGACUCCCACCCCAUCAUGUCCUAGUUAUAAUGCAACACAAAUUGAUAAUUUCAAAUGUCCUAAGACAGUAGAGAAAUACAAACUGACAAUGGAUCAUGAAGACAAUGGAAUAAAAUAUGAAUGCACAACCACAGGGACAUUGAGACAUUUUGUAUUCCAGUCAAACUGCACCAGACAAGAGGUCUGCUCUACAGAAGAUGAUCAAGUUUGCCGUUGGAGAACCUUCUCCAUAAGGAACUGUGAAAUGUCGUUAGACCAGAGGAAGAGAGAGUUCUUGUGUACUGCAAAGGACAAUCGUAAAAAUACUCUAACGACUAAAAUAAGAAUAGGAAUAGAAAAGGACUCUUUAUACACUUGUGAUGUAACUCUUUUAGAUUCUUAGCUUGUCAUUAUCAUGUUAUUAUUAUUAUUUCUAAUUGUUUGGCAACAUUUUAUGCAUCAUUAAUCACUAUUUCUGUUAUUCCACAAUGUCUUUUUCAUUACUGUUUGUCCAAUCAGUUAUUAUUAUUAUUAAUAUUAUUAUUAUUAGCUUCAAAAUAUGAUUGAUAUGAUCUACUCCAGCCACAAAAAA